AUGAAUAAGGCUCCCCGCCAAAAACGAGCUGAGAUCCAGCGUUUAACAAGCAUUUCAAAUCUUCGAACAAAACAACUUUCAGCAUCAUCUGGAAAACGAGGACACGAAGAAGAACGUAUAGAACAUUUUGAUUUAGAAUUAAGACCCACAAAACUCCACGACCUAAAGGUUGGAGAAUUUGUUAGUGGCGGCGACAGUAAACAUUGA